AUGUUGCGUAGGAGGUUCUGGAUCCCCAAUGGGCGUAACACAGUCAAGGGAGUUAUCAGAAAAUGUAUAAAAUGCUUUAGGCUUAAGUCCAAGACAGCAGUUCAACUCAUGGGUCAGCUACCUGCAGCUAGAGUAAACCAGUCUCAUCCAUUCCAGCACUGUGGAGCAGAUUAUGCAGGCCCUAUUGCUGUAAAGCAUGGUGGAAGGCGGAGUAAAAUUACCACCAAGGCUUAUAUUGCUUUAUUCAUUUGCAUGGCAACCAAGGCCAUCCACUUAGAAUUAGUUAGUGACUUGGUAACAAGUUCAUUUAUGGCCGCCCUCAGGAGAUUCAUUGCAAGAAGAGGGAAACCUUCUCACAUGUACAGUGACAAUGGUACCACAUUUGUAGGUGCAGACAAUGAGCUUAAACGUUUUCUCUCCAACGAUGUUACUGUUGAAGGUGUGGUGAAUCAUUCGACCUCAGAGGGAAUCAGUUGGAGGUUCACUCCACCUCGUGCCCUUCACUUUGGUGGACUCUGGUAG